UUUCUGCAUUACAAGGCCCUUGUGUAGAAAUUACUAGCACUGGGGAAUAUUCAAAUGGAAGCACCUUUGCUGUAACUCAAAUAACUUCUGCAGAACCACUGUGUUUCAGUGAUGUAGCGGGUGUUAAAGACACCAGAGGAA